AAGUUCAUCAAGAAGUUCAUCCCGGGCUGGGUCCUUGGGGCGACGGGGGCUGGAUGGGGGAGUGGUAGACGGGGGCCGACUCACCCAUCACCGUAAGGAGUACACUUCCCCCGACCACACGGUACGCACGGUAGCCGACACCUACCAGUACGACUCCGGCGACACCAACCCCUCCGGCCAUUUCCAGAAGAAAGUGGUCAAGUCGACUUAUUCAUCCUACAACGUGGACGGCGGCCUGACGUCCGAACUAGACUCCCUGCGACGCGGUCCUACGGAGAUGGAGAUGGAGCGAGCGCUGUCCCAGGAGUCCCGAAACAUCCUCGAGUCUAACAAGUUCUCAUCGAGGUCCACUGAAAACAGCAAAGGUCGAGACGGCCGUUCACUCUCCAAUGGACAUUACGACGACGACAUGAUCAUCAACGACGAGAAGGGCGGUGAAGUACGUCGCAUAGUCUGGCGUAACCGCUACGAGAAGACCUACGAGACUACAGACUCCUCCACCCCUACCAUCAGCAUAGAGAAGGACGCACAAAACAGGCGCUACAUGUCCUCUGAUGUCACUGAGGCCAACACCAUCAGUAGCCUCACCCGUCCUCACGUGCCUCCUCAGCGAGGCUCAGUGUCUCCCAAACAACUGACUUUGCAGUACGCAGUUUACUGGCCAGGAAGUCCUGGAAUCUCGCCCGGAGGCCAGUCCUGGGCAGAGCCCGUGCCUCUGCCAACGCCCCCGCAAAUUUCCCCUAACCGGGAGCCCGGAGUCGCCUACAUAUACAACUACGGUAGCCACGGAGGCUCAACUGUCCAGCCCCUGCCACCUCUGAAUUACGUGGCUGUGGCACCCCCUACAGGCGACGGUGCUCCGUCACCCACGCCUUCUAACCCUACAGGCCAGCCCGUAAUAUAUCACUAUUCCUACCAUUACACCAUCCAGCCCGGGCAACCGCUCCCAGACGGAGCACACCCGCCUAGUUCCCCCCCUACUUUGCAGAUUGCUCCCCCACCCGCCAGCGGGUACAGUGCCAACUCCACCAACGUCAACAAGACGACCAUCAACGAGGUGCAUCACCACACCACCAGCCGGGACACUAGGCAUCACGUCACCACGAACAAAGUCAUCCACGAACCACCGCUCGGGUACCUUGAUGAUGGCAAGCCUGACUAUCCUGGUAAUGGAAGACCUGGGUAUCCAAGGGACGGACAGCCUGGGUAUCCCAGGGACGGACAGCCUGGGUAUCCCAGGGACGGACAGCCUGGGUAUCCUAGGGACGGACAGCCUGGCUAUCCUGGUGACAGAAAGCCUCCUGCUGAUGGCAAACCAGGCUCAUCCUCCAUCAACUACUCAGUGAACUCUUCGACAAACUACGUAACAGAGACGCACCACCACCCCUUCCCAACAGGUCCAGGAGAUAAGGGUCCUAGGGAACCCCCAUACGACGACCGCGACCCUCCUCUUCGACCUAACGACCCCAGUCGCAACAUUACGAUCAACAUCAAUAAAACAACGACACAUACGACUCGCACCACACGAGAUGGCGACUACCCGUCGGGGGGCGAUCAGCCCCUGACGUCGACGCCGUAUCGUGGCCGUUCGCGCUCCCCGGACCGACGGUAUCCUUCGGAGCCGAGGUAUCCUUCGGGACCGUCAGACUCCCUGGAACGCGUGCGUAGGGUCAGGGAGCCGGGGUUGCCUUUCCCCGACACUUCCCCUGUACGGCCUGUGGGUGAACAGCGACUUCCACGCAGAGUCGAUGACCUGCUUAACGAAUUCCCCGUAAAGAAUGGAGGGCCACACCGAACCGGUUACAAUGCACACCCGGACUCUGAACCACUUCUGUCCACUCAGACCCGACAUGUCCGGGAUGAAAUCAUCAUCCCGCCCCCCGAACGCAACGAAAUCAACACCGUGAGUCCGGCCAAGCUGCGGGAGGAGCGCGAGAAGACCAAGAACAUCGCGGGGCCCCCCGUGUACUACCCCCCAGGGCAUGAGGCCUUCGCUGAGUCCAUGCAUACGAUGACGCUGAAGGAGGAAGGGCGUCGUGGCAAGGCGAAGUGGCGGCGGGAGGCGGCGUCAGGCUACAAGGAGAGCUCCUCGCACUCCGAGAGCAAGGGAGACAUGAAGGUGGUGCCCCUGUGCCUGCCUCUCUGUGGGGGCUUUGCCUGCACCAUCAUGUAGAGUGGCCAGCAUGUAGAGUGGUCAUCAUGUGGAGUGGCCACUAUGUAGAGUGGUCAGCGUGUAGAGUGGCCAUCAUAGUGGUCGUCAUCUGGAGUGGCCACUUUGUUGAGUGGUCGUCAUGUGGAGUGCGAAUGUAGAGUGGCCAUCAUGUGGAGUGAUCGUCAUGUGGAGUACGAUCAUGUAGAAUGGCCAUCGUGUAGAGUGGUCGUCAUGUGGAGUGGUCGUCAUGUAGAUUGGCCACUAUGUUGAGUGGUCGUCAUGUGGAGUGCGAUCAUGGAGAGUGCGACGUGACCACCAUGUAACCAUCUUGAAUAAUCAUUGCAGUAUCAUGUUAUCUUGUCAUCAUGCCGAGGGCUUCCAUGUAACCACCUUGAACUGUACCAUCAUGUAAUCAUGUCACCAAGCAACAAUAAGAUUUGAUGGUGUAAGUUAACAGAAUUAUGUAUUAAUUAAUAUGUAUUAAUUAAUUAUGUAUUGCUGUCUAACAGACGACCUUUGGACGGUCAACAUGCAAAUGUCUAUCAAAUAGAAGAUGCUUAUUAAGUUAUAUAUAUCAUCAUGCGACGUACGAGCGGAACGAAAUUACAUCGUCGUAGCAGAGGGUAAAUUUUUCUGUCUGUCUUCCCUCAAAUUAAUAAAAUUUUUAUUAAUUGAGUUCUUCUUGAUGAACUCGUUUUAUAAGGACAAAAAAAAUUCAAUGGUAAUAAAUAAUUCGCGUCUAACAUCUGUCUCAUGCUUUGCAAUUCUGUCCAUUGUUCAUCAAUAUUUUUGGUCUCUUGAAUAAACGUUCAGGAAUUAACACUUUAUUUUGUAUUUUUUUUUGUUGCUUUCUAAAAACUAUGUUAUU